UGCCAUAGAGUCCAGCAAACAUCCCAGAUGAUACCACUUAUAGUCGAUACUCCAACUUUGUAUGAAUAGUGUAAAUCUUUCAUGGAGCACCCCGAUGCUAAAUACCUGAAAAAAAAUGUAUAUGUACAGUCAACAGCACGUCCCUCUAUACAGAUCCAAUAUAAACUGACACGCGGCAUCAUUACACAGACUGGUUUGACAAGAUCAGUUUAUAAUGGAAGUGUAAAGAGGGACGUGCUAUUGUCUGUACCGUAUUACUUUUUUGUUUACCGUUUUUUUUUGUCUUUUACAGCUAAAAUGAUUAUUCAACGGUGGACUCAUAUAAGAGAUAAUUAUAAUCGAUCGUAUAAAAAGAUAAAAGAUCAGAAAAGCUCAGGAAGUGGCGCCAAAACAGCAAAGCCUUAUGUAUAUAGUAAACAGUUAUCUUUUCUGCAGAAAGUAAUAGAACCUAAAAAGACAGUAAAUAAUGCUACUACCGAAAAUAACAACACGGAAUCCAAUAAUAACACAGAAUCCGAAAACCAGAAAAAAAAUUCUGAGGGUGGAAAUGAAACAUUGGAAACAAACUCUAUAGAGACACAUGGCACAAUGGCGGCAAAGAGCCCAAUACCUAAUCGUGUACCUAAAAGAUCUCUAAAGAAUAUGAUUAGUCCUGUAGAAGCGAAGAUGAUGAAAUUUAUGGAUUCUUAUUCGAAUAACGAACCUAAAACAAUGAAUCGGCAUCUUUCAUUUUUUAAUGGGAUAUUACCAUCAUUAGAUAAGUAUGACGAUGAUGAAGUCCUUGAAUUCCAAAUGGGUGUGUUACAGUUAAUGAAAAAAAUUAAAAACAGUCGCCAAAUUCGUGAAUCGUCGUCUUUCAAUCUGUCAUCAGUUCACAGAGGAUAUUUUACACAACAAUACCAAAAUAGUAAUAUACAAGAAGCUACAAAUUCUAUUAGUACAAACAUGAGUACAACGACUUCUCUUCAAAGUCCAGCCUCUGUAGAAUUAACUACAGCAGCUUCUCUUCAAAGUCCGUCUUCUGUCGAAUCCUGCUAUUCUAACCACACGGAUAUUGAUUACAAAGUCUUUUAA